UCACGAAUCCCGCAAUGCCUUGCGCCUUUAGCGUUUCCUGUACAUCUUGCUCGGGAAGAUAGCGGGCAAUAAUCCUAUCAUUUGGAGAAUUUAUGUAAAAUCUAAUAAAUAAUCACCAGGCUACGGAUUUUUUUUAAACAAUCGUUUCAAAGAAAAGACAAUGAUCCGCUUCAUCCUGAUUCAGAACCGAGCAGGGAAGACCCGACUAGCCAAGUGGUACAUGCAGUUUGAUGACGACGAGAAACAGAAGCUGAUUGAGGAGGUGCAUGCUGUGGUGACUGUCCGUGAUGCCAAGCACACCAACUUUGUGGAGUUCAGGAACUUCAAGAUCAUCUAUAGGCGCUAUGCUGGUCUGUACUUCUGUAUCUGUGUGGAUGUGACAGACAACAACCUGGCAUACCUGGAGGGUAUUCACAACUUUGUGGAGGUGUUGAAUGAGUAUUUCCACAAUGUGUGCGAGUUGGACCUGGUGUUCAACUUCUACAAGGUGUACACAGUGGUGGACGAGAUGUUCCUGGCGGGGGAGAUCAGAGAGACGAGCCAGACCAAGGUCCUCAAGCAGCUACUAAUGCUCCAGUCGCUCGAGUAGCCAACGGAGCAGCCAUCUUGACCAGUCCAUCACCCACCCCCCCCAUCAAUGUCACUCUUGAAAGGACCCCCUCUCAUUCGCCAUCCUCCAUGGAGCAGGCUCCACCCCUUACAGAAACCAGGGGCUUAUUCACGAGUGUGGAAAGUCACAGAACGUUCAGAUAGAAAUGCAUGGUGUAGAACAGACAUCGUUUUCUGUCACGCAGAAUCGGAAUCUAGUCAGCUCUACACAUUACAUUUUUAUCUGCAACAAUGCGAAAGUUUCAACGUCUUGAUUAUGCCCCAAUAAAGGCUGUGUAUUUUGGUGAUGCGCUGCAGAUAUGGCCCUUAACAUUUCAUUUCUUAACCACCAGUUCAAGUAAAAUCAUCUGGCUGAGUAGGAGUAUAUUUGCAGCAUAGCAUACAGCUGUAUGCAGCACUGAAAAUAAAUGUUCUCUCUAUGCCCUGUCUCAAGCUGAAGGCUGCACUUACGGCAGUUAGACUAGGGUUGCCAGUUAUUCACCUGUGUAUCCUGCCAUCAAGCCUAUACUAGUGGAGAGAGAGGAUGACAAGGAUUCAUUGUUCUGGCAACCCCAGAGUGGCACUACAGUAGCUAUCAAGCACCAGAAAACCAGUGUAAACUGGCUGUGAUAUCCCUGUCUACUCUGCACAAUACGUCUGUCUGGGAGAAUCACAGUUUGAGCUGCGGAGUGACUAAAGCACUACUACAAAUGCCCAUUGAAGCCAUUGACCUCUGCUGGUGGUUCACAGUUCAAUGGAGUGCACUUACUAAGAGUGCUGUUGAGAGGUCUGGUAAUGGCAACCUGUACAGGGUUGUAUCUACUCUGUGAUAUUAAAUAGGAGGUUCUCUGGUCUUAAAUAACUGUCAAGAUCAUGUCAGGUUGUAUAUCAGACAAUGCGUCUCCACUCCACAUAUGGUGCUUGUAUGUCACAUCCAGAUAUGUUCACAUUUAAGUACACACAAAUACUUUAAUUUAAAGGAAACUGAACAGCAAAAAAAAUUCUAGUUAAUGGAAAUAUACAGUGAUAUAUAUUUUAAGUAAAGCAGUACUGUGAAGUUUGUUUUGUAUGGUGUACAUAUAUACAGUAUCUUAUGCGUAAUAGUGUGAAACCAUUGUCUUGUCCAUUCCAGGCCUUUCCCCAGCUUCUCCUGCCUGUCUCGUUGUCACUGAGUGUUUAAUACACAGGUCUGAAUUGGGGGGAAACUCCAUUAAUAUUCCCUGGUCACCUCAUUCAUACUACAUAAAUGGUUUCUUUAACAUCAACCAAAGGUCAAAUGAUAUGACCAAAACUCCAGAGGUAACCAUGUCGAGUCUUGCACCUCCCAAAACAUCACAGGUUUCACAUGUUACUAUUAUGGUUUAGAUUUUUUAAUGAGUUUUUAUUUUAUUUGGCUGUAGUGAGAGAUGUACUGCUUCCCCUCUCCACAUGUCUGUCCUGUGUGAGAUUGAUGAAAGAUGUGUUUAGGUGUUAACGUCUCCUGUUGCUAAACUACCCAGUAUUCCAGACAUUAUAUAAAAAUAAAAAAGUACUAAAAAUA